AUGACAUUUACCAACGUAACCGUCGCAGGAGGCACCGGACUUUUGGGUUUUCAUAUAGCUGAAGCCUUGUUGAACGAUGGAUCAUUUAAAGUAAAGAUUCUUCGAAGACUGCCAGAAACCCCAAACGAUAAAGCCGACUCGUUGGCUUCCAAGGGUGCAACAAUUGUCUACGCUGAUUAUAAUCAGCACGAUAGUCUUGUCAAAGCUCUUCGCGGAACCGAUGCUCUAAUUAGUACUGCAUCUCCCGGACUGGCCACGGGCGGUUAUGAUUUUGACACUCUUCAAACUCCAUUGUUGAACGCUGCUAAAGCUGCUGGUGUGAAAAGGUUUAUUCCAUCUGAAUUUGGUAUAGACUAUGCUGUUGGUGAUCAUCUGAUAACCGAUACCAAAGCCUCGUUCCGUGAAAAGGUUGUAAAUAGUGGACUUGAGUACACCAUUAUUUUGAACGGAUUGUUUACAGCAUAUCUUGGCUGGCUUGCGUUUGAUAUCCAAAACAAGACCGCCACCUUCUACGCAGACGGCAACACCGUAGUGGCCGCUACUUCUCUGUCAGAUAUCGGCAAAUUUACCGCUGAAUCUCUUAAAUUAGAAGAAAGUCGUAACGCCACUCUCAGGGUUGCUGGUUCGAGAUUGUCACUAAACGAAAUACUUGAAAAGUUUGAACAAGCUACCGGUUCUAAAUGGAAAGUUGUCGUAGAUAAAGAAGUCAAACACAGAUUCCAGAAUAAUAUCGAUCCAGUUCCUUCACCAAUGGAUUUCUUUAAAGCUAUUAGCUUAGAAAAACCAUCGCUCGAAAAUAUUGAUAACGACAAGUUUAGUUUCAGCCCUCGCCCUCUCAUUGACGAUAUCAAUGCGCUUGUUCAGAUGGCAUCUAUGUAA